AUGGCACCUCCAUAUGACCCAGAGUUCGCCAAGGCGAUUGAACCACUUCUCCCUUUGCUGGCAUCUCGACCUCGAGCGGCAGUUCAUGAUGUUCAAUCACGACGAGCUACAAGCAAAGAGGCAACGAGUGCCCUCGUCGGCCUCAUUCCCAUGAACCCCGAUGUCCAGAUCACCGUGCACCAGGUCACGGCACAUGACGGGUAUCUCAUUACAGUUCACGAAUACCGGAUGAAAACAGUAUCUUCUUCAACGCCGACCUCGGCUAUUGUACAUGCCCAUGGCGGCGGCAUGAUUAUGGCAGAUGUAGCGACUUUCAAGAACACCACUGCUUGGCAGGUCGAGAAGUCUGGGGUCCCCUUCUUCAGCGUCGACUACAGGCUGGCACCGGAAGUGUCAGGGACGUCUCUAGUCGACGACUGCUACGCUGUCCUGCUAUGGCUGCACCAGAAUGCAAAGGAAUUCAACGUUGACCCAGCCAGGAUUGCAGUGGCGGGGGAGAGUGCAGGCGGCGGCAUAGCUGCUGGGGUUGCGCUCAAGGCGCGAGACGAAGGCCUCAGCCCACCUCUUGCCAAGCAGAUCCUCAUAUAUCCCAUGCUCGACGACCGGAACAACAAACCCAUCGAGGCGCUGGAAGCCCUGUCUCCGAUUUGGGCAGUCGCCGACAACAUCACCGGCUGGACGGCUCUUUUGGGGAAGGAUAAGGCCGGAAUUCCCGACGCAGAUGUGCCCGAGUAUGCAGCCCCCGCGCGCGCAAAGAGUGUGAAGGGCCUGCCACCGACUUACAUUGAUGUUGGGACCUUGGAUAUCUUUCGGGAGGAGGACCUCCUCUACGCCAGCAGAAUCGCCGCGGAGAACAUCGAGGUCGAGUUGCACCUUUACCCCGGUGUGCCCCAUGGCUUUGAGCUUUUAGCUUUCCAGAGUGAGAUUGUGCAGCAGGCUUUUAGAAAUAGAGCGAAGGCGCUUCGUUCCAUAUGA